UAAAGUAUUCUUCCUUUUUUCCAGAGGCUUUGGAAGUGAGGUUCCUCAGAGCAGCCUCUGAGGCAGUGCUUCCACUAUCUGGCCUUAGCACGCCCCCUCUCCCCCCACCGGGUUCCCACCGAAGGCCGCAGCAGGUCGUAUCGCCACGCCUUCGCUCAGGAGGUGCCUCUGCUGAAGGCCGAGAACGCCCAUUCUCCCGCCCGGGACAGUCGCGGCGCUCCCGAGCCGCACACUGCUUUCGAAGCACCGGUUCCGAAUACUCUGCCUCGGAAAUAUCACGGGCUCCAAAACGCCUAUUUCCCCUGGCUGGAAUGGCAGCCUCCAGAAGCAAUGAACCCCUGACAUUUGAGGAUGUGACUGUGAACUUUACUCAAGAAGAGUGGCAGCAGCUGGACCCUGCUCAGAAGACGCUACACAGGGAUGUGAUGCUGGAGAUCUAUAGCCACCUGGUCUCUGUGGGGUUUUCAGGUAUAAAACCAGACAUAAUCUCCAAGUUGGAACAUGGAGAGGACCCAUGGAUCAGAGAGAGUGAGUUGCCAAGGUGGACCUACUCAGACAGAGAGAAAAGCCCUGACUCUUUCCAGCAGAUCAUUUCUGGAGAAUUUUCAUUUCAAAGGGAGAUAUUGGAAAGAACCUCAAGGGAUAAUUCAUUGUACUCUAUCUUUAAAGUCUGGCAUAUUGAUGGUCAGAUAUAUAGAUAUCAAGGAAACCAAGGUAGAGCUUUGAGACAAAUCACAAUCUUCAGCCAUGAGACAAUGACCAAGAAUAGAGGCCCUAAAUUUAAUACAUUUGGAAAAAUAUUCAGUGGGUGCAUAGACCUUGAUCCUUCAAGUAAAACACUCCAUCACUUUGAUUCAUGUGAAAAGAGCUUGAAAUCUAAUUUAGACUCACUGACUUGUAAUAGGAGCUGUAUAAGAAAGAACCCCAUUGAGAGAUUUGGAUGUGGGAGACUACCUAGCUAUAGUUCUUCCUGUUAUAUGCCUGAGAAAAUUCACAUCAGAAUGAAAUCCCAUGGACCUAGUCAAUGUGAAAAAGUUCUCAGUCAAAAACAAGCCCAUAUUCAGUAUAAGAAAGUUCAAGCUGUGGAGAAACCCAAUGUUUGUAGCGUGUGUGAGAAGGGCUUUAUUAAGAAGUCACAGCUUAUUAUACAUCAAAGAAUUCAUACUGGAGAGAAGCCAUAUAUAUGCGGGGAUUGUGGGAAAGCUUUCAGUGAGAAAUCACACCUCGUUGUGCAUCAGAGGAUUCAUACUGGGGAGAAACCCUAUGAAUGUACUGAGUGUGGGAGGGCCUUCUCCCAGAAGUCACCCUUUAUUGUUCAUCAGAGAGUCCACACGGGAGAGAAACCUUAUGAAUGUUUUGAGUGUCAAAAAGCCUUCUCUCAGAAGUCACACCUCAUUAUACAUCAGCGAGUUCAUACCAGAGAGAAGCACUUUAAAUGCCAUGAAUGUGGGAAGGCCUUCUGUGAGAAGUCCCACCUUAUUAUACACCAGGUAACUCAUACUGGAGAGAAACCCUUCGAAUGUACUGAAUGUGGGAAGACCUUCCCUCGGAAAACGCAGCUUGUCAUCCAUCAGAGAACGCACACUGGAGAAAAACCCUAUAAGUGUAGUGAAUGUGGGAAAACCUUUUGCCAGCAAUCCCACCUCAUAGGACAUCAAAGAAUUCAUACAGGAGAGAAACCUUAUAUAUGUACUGACUGUGGGAAGGCUUUUUCCCAGAAAUCACACCUCACUGGCCAUCACAGGCUUCAUACUGGAGAGAAACCUUAUAUAUGUACACAAUGUGGAAGAGCCUUCUCUCAGAAAUCACCUCUUAUUAUACACCAGAGAAUUCAUACAGGGGAGAAACCAUAUGAGUGUAGUGAAUGUGGCAAAACUUUCUCCCAGAAAUCACCCCUCAUCAUUCAUCAGAGAAUUCAUACAGGGGAGAAGCCCUAUGAGUGUACUGAGUGUGGAAGUGCCUUUUCCCUGAAGUCACAUCUUAUUAUACAUCAGAGAGCUCAUACCGGAGAGAAACCAUAUGAGUGCAGUGAAUGUGGAAAGGCCUUCUGUGAGAAGUCUCUGCUAGUUGUUCAUCAGAGAAUCCACACUAGGGAGAAAGCUUCUGAAUCUACUGACUAUGGGAUAACCUUUUCCUGGAAAUCACAGAUGAUCACAUACCAGAGAAUGCCCAUGGGGGAGAAACCCUCCAGAUGCAGUGACUGUGGAAAGGUCUUCUGUCACCAGAGACACUGCACUGGACAUCAGAAUCCACGUAAGAGAGAAACCUUAUAUACUUACUGAUUGCGGGAAGAUUUUUUUCCCAGAAGUCAGACUCAGUGUGCAUGGGGAAACUCACAUUGAACAGAAAUCUUCCAGGUACGUUGGACAUGAAAAAAAAUGUGACCAAUAUGGGGAAAGAAUCUGAAAGCCAAUGGAUAUGUGUAUAUAUAACUGAGUCACUUUGUCAUACAGCAGAAAUGAUCACAACCUUGUAAAUCAACUCGACUUCAAUAAGACUAAAAAUUGUGGCACCUCCUUAACUGCAGAAGACUCAAAUAUUCCUAAGUAUGUUCGAUUAUCCUUCUACAGAAUGAUUAUGUUCAGGCCUUUAGAGUGUUUUCAGUACUGUAAAUAUGGGAUGGAUUUGCUCACCCUUAAAGUAUUUCAACUCCCUUAGCAGAAUAAACAUGUCUGGAACAACUAA